CUAGCUAACAGUCUCAACGAAGAAGGAGCAAUCAUUCUCAUUCUGAACAUGCAGACUGGGGCAGAAAUCGGUCUAGAUUACAAUUCCUGGCUAGUAGGAGAGCAAUUCAUGGGGUUUAAGAUGAUCAAUCCCGGUUUUCACUGUCUUUUUUACAGUUCUGUGAGUAAAGAGAAUGAAUUUUCGUCCAGAACGAUUAUUCCUCUGUUUCUACAUUCGAAAGAAGUUUGUGUGUUAGAAUGGGAUCCUAAGGAAGAGCAACUAUUUGAAGUGGAGAAAGUGGACUACAACAAGGCACAGCAAUACAAGAACGGAGCUUCUCAGUUCCAAUUUGACAAGCAAACCGCCUAUUAUCCCUUCGAAACAAUGGGAAAGUGGAUGAGUAUGACUUCCUACAUUACACAGGAUAUCUUUAAAAGGCUAACAGACCCCACUGCGGAGAGAUUUAUACUAGAUGAUGAGUCGGAUCACCCAUACAAUUACACACAAACAGUAAACAUUUCGGCGUUGAUUGACCCAAAACGGUUUUCAACCCAACACAGAACACCGCAGCAAAUCUCUCAGUUGUAUCUUGAUUCCUCCGAUGAACUAAGCCAAUUAGCAGAAAAAUGGCGUUCUUGUACCAAAUCACCCUACUUUGCUAUUUUGGGCGAAUUUGAGUUUUCUUUUAUCAUGUUCCACAUUGGCCAAGACUUUGAAAGUUUGCUACAAUGGAAGAACAUCCUCUUUUUGUUCACUCACGCUUUUUCGUGUUUGACGGAGAGCAAGGAUAUCUCUAUUACUUCGUUCCUUGAAAAUAUCAUGAAAGCGACCUACUUCCAGCUGAGUGAGCUGGAGGAGGAUUUCUUUUCUUUGAAUGAUGGAACAGAGGGUAAUAGAGGGAAGCGAAUAAACAGCAAAAACUUUGUUAUCAAGUGUCUCGAAGUAUGUUUCUACCGCUUUUGUAGUCACAUGUAG